GCACAAUGCCACGUGUUAUCCAGGCAAGAUCCUUCUCCGGCUCGUAUUCUCGUUUCGUGGGGAAGGACGUGAGGAGCUCCGGCGCGGCGCUCUCUCGGUGAUGGCGGCAUUCGAUCGCCUGGUCGGUGUGCUUGGAAUUCGCCUCGAUUCGCGUCGCGGCGUGGGAUUCUGGCGAUAGUCUCCCGCAUUCGCAGCUCCUGGAUGCGAAAUAUCGUCGCGGGAGGGGCGCAUUUCGCAGCGGGGGCGUGGAUUCGAGCGCUGGGAGCUGCAAUGCGAGGGUACGAGAAUGCGUAGGGGCUUUUGGAUUGGAUUGGGAUCGCGUUUGAUCGUGACUUAGGCUCGGCUGGAUGAAGAAUACUGACACGAGAAGUGACACGUUUUGGCAAUAUCCCUGGGAUUCUAAAGAGGAAUCGUCCGCUCUAAUGCAUUUGGAUAGUGUGGAGGCCGCCGUUGGAUCAUCAAACUUUGCCGCUGCUCGAGACGAUAUGGCGUCGUGGCUACACUUGGACGACCCGAAUUGUGGCACUCAGCUCUUUGCUGGUGCCGGGGGCUCCGCAGAUCGACCAUGCUCGUCGCUACAAGUUUUCCGAGAUCCCCGGAUCCAGCAAAGUUUCGGGACAGAUCUCCAGAAGCAGUCGAGAGGCAACAAUGCUGAUGCCGCUCUCGCGCUAGCCGCUGGACGAGCGGCGGGCUUUGUGCCUCAAACUGGCGGUGUGCAAACGUUUAACAAGUCGAGAACAGUGUGCCAGCCAUUGACAACUCGGCCUCACUCAACUCAAGCAAGGCCACCAUUCCAGGAUCCAUCAAGUUUCCCGAGCUCGUCCUCGUCUCAGCCUCUAGUCGGGAGCUUCCCCCAGUUUUCUUUGUCCGCGGCAACGACGUCUACACGGGUCGCGGCAAAGGCAUGGAAAGCUCAGGAAGCUAUUUCUUUGGAAUCGGACAGGAGUACGUUGGAGUGUAGAAGUUGUAGGCCGAGCGACGAGAAUGCGCCAAGUGAGACGGAUAUCACAGGUUCGGAUAUGAACUGCAGCUACGAUACAAAGAACUCUGGCAGGACUUUGGGGAAUGCAAAUGAUAGUUCCUUCACAGCUACCACGGGUGGAUCACGGAGCGAUAAGACCGACAGGGACUGCAAAAGAGUAGACGUCGAGGACACGGCGGGGUGUCAAAUUAGAAGGGACAAGAAGCCUCCCAAGGGGUCCAAAAGAAGUAGAGCAGCAGAAGUUCACAAUCUCUCUGAGCGGAAGCGGAGGGACAGGAUAAACGAGAGAAUGAAAGCUUUACAGGAACUGAUACCAAACUCUAACAAGACUGACAAGGCGUCCAUGUUGGACGAGGCGAUUGAGUACCUUAAGUUACUUCAACAUCAACUACAGAUGAUGUCCAUGAGAAGCGGGAUGAUGUUCCCAAUGGUUCCUCCCGUUUCAUCACCGUACGGUGUGGGAGUACGCCUGGUAGACGUGGCCGGGCACCAUUUCCCACAGCAUCCGGGACUCCAUUUCAAUGCUGGAGCUCCUCCCACGAAUGCUCAAUUCCCGCAGGGAGUGAGCACCGAUUUGUACAAUGCGCACUUGAUGACCCACCAUCAACAGCAACUCCAGAUCCAAAUUCAGCAACAGCAGCAGCAGCAGCAGCAGCAAAACCUGCAGCAAAGUUCUUCCCAGCUGCAAAAGCCCGAGAGGCAUCAAUGAGAAAUCAUGAAGAUUCGAAGGCUUCAUUCUUGUUUUCCAGCCAAAUCCAGGAUAAAAUGGCUGGAAUCCCAUCCAUACCGAAGAACGAAGAACAAGCGAAAGACCGCUUGCUUUGCUCGUUUUGUGCUCGUUUGCUUUGUACAGCGCAAAGUUUUGUCACGUUAUAAAGAACAAAAGUAACUACCAA